AUCAAAGUUCUUAUCUUGACGCGCAUAGCAUUUAAUGCUAAUGUUGUGACGUUUGUUUGAAUAUUCUGACAUUGAAAUACUUAAAAAGGGAUAAUGCAAGAUUUGAAAUUAUUUGCGCAAUUUGCGUCGAUUGCUUUUGGUUGUUCAAAUAUACAGUCGAAUGGACGUUUUUUCGUAGUUCAAAAUUAACUUCUUUCGGACGAUAUUUAUAUCCAGCAUAAUUGGGCCAAGAUUUCUAAACUUAACUUGAUUAUUUUCUUCAAGCAAGUGGGUUGGUACGAAAGGCAAAAUGUCAUUUCAAAGAACUACGACAACAAAAGUGUUGAACAAUGACAAAAAGUUUCAGUCAGGGGUCUGGUGCGAGAAAUGUAACAGACGUCUUGUGGAAUUGAAAAGACAAACGUUGAAGUUGAUUUUACCAGAGCUAAAUAAUGUUAUUCAAUAUGAAGGAAGCCUACAAAGAGGCUCCAAGCUUGCAACGCGCAUAUUUGAGCAACUACGGGUUCCUGACACAGAAUUGAAAUCCUGGCGAGAAAAUUACUGUGACAUAUGCUCAACCAAUGCAGCUCAGCUGAAAAACGAAGCCCUGAGUAUGAUCCAAAGUUUAGAUGAUUCCCAAUUAUUAGCUGCAAAAAUACCAAGACUUUCUACCUUACCAAAUGAAGGAUCGCUGACCUCGAAUUUCGCAGUUGCAGAAACCCCGUACAAUCAUGGAGUUAAUUUCCCUCCAAGACACGGAUACGUUGCCUACGGACGUGAUUUGUCGCAGCCUUUUUCAUCGUCAUCAUCUGUCUUUGCAAGGGCAGCGUAUAAGCUUCGGAAGAAACAAAAACGGGAAUCCAGGUCGCCAACUAAACUGGAAAUGCAAUCAUCUAUAGUGAUGACAAAUGGCAUCACUUCUUGCCCAGAAAUGAACAUAUUCUCUACGAACUUCAUGAAAGCCAUCAAAAUACAGCCACCGCCAGCACCUCCUGCUCUUAUAAAAGGAUUAUCAAAACGUAAAAGCACUGGAGGAAAAGUGAAGGUGUUGCUCCGGAUCAGUCCCAGUUUUCCUGGAGAGACAAGCUCGUUCUUGAAAGUUGAUCAAAAGAAAAAACAAGUUACACUUUAUUGUCCGACUGCCAUUAAUCACGUGUCACAAAAACACCGACGAAUGGGAAUAGCAGCGCCAAAAAUGUUUGCAUUUGAUUCCAUCUUCGAGCCAGACUCAUCCCAGGCUGAGCUUUGUGGUACAGCUCUUGUGGAUGUUUUGCAGUCGGUCGUCAAUGGCUCUGAUGGUUGCAUUUUCGCGUACGGGCAUUCUGGAUUAGGCAAAACAUUUAGCAUGAUUGGUGGAGAUGAAAGUGUUCACAGCUUAGGCAUAAUUCCUUGUUCUAUUGAAUGGCUUUUCAAACUGAUCGAAGAAAAACGAGAAAAAACUGGUGCUAGAUUUUCCAUUCGCGUGUCAGCUGUAGAAGUUGUUGGUCGCUCUGAGAAUCUUAACGAUCUUCUUCAAGAACAUUCGAACGGUUGCAGUGAUUCCUUGAACGGAACAAAACCCAGUGUUUAUCUUUAUGACGAUCCUGUCUCAGGACCGCAGUUACUGAAUCACAGCGAACUGCGAGCGUCAUCUGCUGAAAAGGCAGCUUUUUAUCUUGAUGCUGCUUUGGCUACAAGAACUGUUCCAAAUAACGAGAAAGAUAGUGAAGAGACACUCAACUCUCAUAUGUUCUUUACUAUUCACGUAUAUCAGUCAAGAGUGGACAAAAUAGCCGGCAAAAUGGGAGUACACGGUGGACGAUCACGCCUCCAUUUAAUUGAUCUUGCUAGCUGUGAGCGAUACAACGCCGUUAAUAAAGAGACAAGUUGUUCAUCAAUGUCUCUCAGUGGACUGGGAAAUGUGAUCAUUGCUCUUAUUAAUGGAGUUAAACAUGUUCCUCAUAAGGAUAGCACUUUGACUAGACUUUUGCGAGAGUCGUUGGGUAGUACAACUUGUCGUGCCACAAUGGUUGCUCAUAUAUCCCCAUCAAUCCCGUUCUAUACCGAGUCGCUUUCUUGCGUUCAGUUUGCUGCCCGAAUUCAUCGUCUGCGAAGAAAGAAAGCAGGACAAGGAUCUGGCACUAGCUCGUCUGGAGGGGAAAGUUCGUGUGACGAAAUGAGAAUGCGCAAACCAAGAAUCCGCACCAGUGCCCUCGCUGAUCCGUUACAACAGAAUAACAACGGUCACUCGGACUACAACUCAAGCACAGGAGAAGAGUCAUGUGAUACUGUCAUCUACUGUGGCCCAGAUGGUGAACUUAGUGACCGAGAUUUGACGGAUAACGAAGGACCAUCGCAUAUGAGCAACGAUUGUAUGAAAUCAACGCCAGUAAAAGUGGAUCAAAGCUUGAAAUCAAAACUGGAUGCAAUUGAAGAAAAACCCGCUGAUAUGAGCGAAAGAUGUCCAAGUAUGGAACUAGAGUAUGACUUAAGUGAAGAAUUUAAAGGAAAUAUUGAAAGAGUUCCAGAGAAAGGUUCCGUUGAAAACCUCACCUUGAAAAAGAAGAAAAAGAUCACUGAAACAUGUGAAUUCUGGGAAGAUCCUUUAGAAAAAAUAAACCAUGAAGAUAAAGAAAACAUUGUAGAAGAUCUUCCACAGACUUCUGACCAAAAUACAACAAUCAUACGUGAUUCAGUUGACGUAAUGGAGCUGCAUCACAGUGAAAAGAGCCUUGAAACCAACGGUUUUGUUCCCAUUAUUGAAGAAGAACCUGAGAAAAUGCUUAGUGAUGAAGAAGAUGAUGAACUUAGUCAUUCUCCGGCGUUAGAUACUCCUUUAGAGACAUUUUAUCAUCUUGUGCCAGACUCUGACUCGGAUGCACAAGAAAAGAUUGCAAAUAGCAAACCAAAAGUGGGUAAAUCACAGGAUCUUAAAAUUUCCCGUGUUUCUCCAUCGAGCCCCAAUAGUACGGAGAUCCAGUCUAUUUUGGAAAAUUACGUUGUCAAUCAAAUGCUCAUUAAAAAUUCUGACAAUGAAAGAGAUCAGAGAUCUCUUUACAAUGUUUCUAAUCACGAUGAAGAGAAUGAAAAAUUGGAGCCACCUCUCACACCCCAGAAAACUUGUGUUGCAGAAACUGCACAAAUUAGUGCUACUUCGCCAAAGAAAGUAAAACUGGAACGACGUCCACGUAAUAGAACUUUACUGUUGUCAAACAGGAAUUGCCUGAGUGACGUAGGAGAAAAUUGUAGCGAUACGCACAGUGAAGACUCAUACGAGAGCACUAAGACCGACCCUCUACAUUACGUAAAGACACCUCGUCGUGGUCUGAAGUCUUUUUAUGCUUCUUCGGGAUCUCUACCCAGGGAGUACAAGGUGGUCAUUAGGGAUAAAAUGGCCUAUGUCCAUUACGUGGGAUGUGAGAUGGAUAGGAAAAUAGAUAUUGAAGGACAACACGGGACAAAUAUUCCACGUAGUCUUAACAAGGCACCUGUAACACUGAAAUAUUGUGGUUCACAGCAGAGGAAAUACAACGAACAAAAGGAAAAUAUUGAUACUCCAGAAUCACAGCGUAAAACUGUAUCCCUUACCAUAACAAGUCGUGCUGCAUUUGCUUUUGGUCAGUCAUCGCCAUUGAAACCCAAAAUCAAAGACAAGCAGUUCAAAUACUCAGAACCAUUUGUCCCUCAUUGUGUUGAACUUAAACAUGAAAAGGAAGAUGUUACAGUCCAAAAGAAAGAUGUUUCAUCCUCACAAAACAUGACUCGAAAAGACAGUAAAAUGUUAGAUGUAUUUCGACAACGCUCUAAGCUCAAGGCUGCAAGACGACGAGAAAGUGUUCAUGGUUACAGCAGUGGAUUAGCAAGUGACGGGAGUUUAACUGACUCGCCUUUAUCAAAAUCUCCUGCCCGAAGGCGCCGAAGACUUGGUUCAGAGCUUAGCAGUAGUGGUUACGAAAGCAUGAGGGAUUGUACUACAAGUCAUGUUUCUGGCAGUGAUAGUGCUGACGAAAAAUUAAUGAUUCCGGAUUCUUCGAACACAGAUGAGUCUCGUUGCAUUGAAACUGUUUUCUCUGGCAGUAACCGAAUUGAAUUUGAACGUCUCUAUGACAUCGACGAGAGACGAGAGAACAAUAAUAAACGUGAGAAUGACUCCAUACUUGAUAUUCACAAGUGGAACAUCAUAAGGUUAAGAAGCAAGCAAGUGGAGCUCAAAAUGAGUUGUGUCAAGCAAAGAACCGCUUGCUUCUUAAUGAAACCCGAUGGAGCUUUUAUCUUGAAUCUCAAGACAUGAAUUCUGACGAUCCUCUGCUCGUUGAAGUUUUGAAAAACGAAAACAAAAAGCUGGAGAAACGAAUCCGAAUUUGUAAAUCUCGUGUUAUGUUGGUGACGUCUUUUGAUAUCUUAGCCAAUAGAAGUUAACUGUAUCCAUUAAUUAUUACUGUGUAUUGGAGUACCUAGUGUAAUGUGGUGUGCUUUGGUUUGCUGUCCUGCUAUGCUGUGCUUUAAUGUGGUGUGAUGUGAUGUCCUGUGCUGUGCUGUUGUGACUGAAAGACAGGGAUUUCAUGAAAGUAACCAUAGAAAUGACGAAUUGGAAAAGUAGGAGGAAGUAUUCACAGUUUGUGGAGUACAUAAAAUCGCAGAAAUAUUUCUGAAUAAAAUCAACUAUUUUAUGUGUUAAAGAUA